UCUUGAAUAUUGUGCCAGAGUUUGACUCCUGAUCAGUGAGCAGAUUCGUGCAGAAACCUCAGCCCAGGCGCCAAUAUGAAUUUUCGGCAUAAUCUUUUUGGAUAGCCGGCCAUUCAAUUAUUGGACAGAUCGAGAAAUGCUCUGUUUUUUGUGGCAGUGUUAUGUGAUCAGAUGUGGUGCAUUAUAUGCAGCUUUGUCGUGCCUGCUUGUCCAGAAAGAGCAGUUUGCUCGCUUGCCAGUACCAGUGCAAACAAUUUUGGGGAGGGAUGUUCAAAGGGAUUUGAGUUGUGCCCUAUAUGUGGACAACUGUUGGCUAGUGCGAGUUGACUUCCCAUGGAGCCUUUUUGUCAAGCGCAUUACGCAGCAUUUGCCUAUUUCAGAUGGAAGGCAACUUGCUAUGCUGUGAAUUGUGAGCUUUGUGUGCUACAUAUAUGUCUAGACAUGACUAUUUCCUGCCGUUCCAGACGUCACAGUCAGUUCCUGUAUCAUAGAGGAUCCUGUGAUUUUUGACGAUACCGUCCACUGGAACUUGAAGUAUGGUGAGCGCAGUGCUUUGUGGCGCUGUUGGGUGGAGAGUGACGUCAUAAGCAAUGCAAUACUUGUUGAUGACAUUGGGAUGCAAAUGGUGUUUCCAUGAUGAUGAAUACAUUAAAAUGCUUAUAAAGU